GGUCCGCAGCAAAUUCUCUUCCCAUAAUUCCUAAUGCAGUGUGAUCGCGUUUGCGCGUACUCCGAAAGUCGGCUUGCUCGUCUCAAUCCGCCCCUGUUUGACGCAAUAAUGUGAUGCGCUUUCCUACCCCAUUAGCCCAGUUUACACGGAUGCGAUGUGCUGGAACGUUGAUGUGAUCCGAUGCGAUGCGCCACUUGUCGCAUACAUGUAAGCGCGGUUUGUGGGUGAUUGGAUCCACCCAUGGCCGUUUCCUGGCACCGACCGACUACGCAUCUCGUCCAUGUGCACAGGCGUCAGCAGCAUUCUGUCGGCACAAUCUUGUGUCGACUACUCAUGCUCGUGCUUUCGAAACCACUGCCACAGGUGGAUAACUGCGCAGGACUGCUCAAGCUGGAUCCCUCGUUCGGCGCCCCACCCAGACGAAUCACGCCAUCUGAAGCGCUUAAAAGGAUGGAUCGUGCGGCCGCGCUCUUCAGUGGACUAAGUGGCACCGCUCGGCGCACGAUGCUGAACUUCGUGUUAUGUACUGUACAGCAGACUCUUCCCGAGGAAGUGGCUAAUGGUUGGUAGCCUGCCGAUUGCCGGAACAAAUGGUGACCUCAACCGGAAGGACGAUCUUUGUCAUCACCCAGCACCAGAAUCCAGGCUCCCACGCGCAAGUCGAUAUGCUGUCGUUUUUUUUUUUCUGUUGACAUCAUUGCAACUGUUGACGACAAAUUUGUGAAGUGACAUUCACCCUGAAUUGGGGUGUCACGUUGCACAAAAAGCAGCAUCCCAGAGUUGGGCCCGUGACCUCAUCCUCCGCAGCAGAACGCUAUAGCAACUGAACCACGGGAGGCGGGUACCGCACAAGAAACGUGUUUAAGCUGCGAGUUAUCGCAUACUGAGCAGAGAUAUUUAUCCUCGCCCCAACCAAAACCAGAAGGAAAGGAAGAGGUGGCGUACUUCGGAUUGAUGCUAACUUACGCAAAGGAUGACAGUACCCGCCAUGGACAAUCGUCUACGAUGAAGAUGGCGUGAAGAAAGUUUACGGCUACAUAGGAGCCGCAUUUACAAAUAUUACGGCCUCAAUGAAUAUCACCACAGAAAUUGCUGCUCCUCUGGACGGACAUUAUGGCGGCGUCAUGUCAAACGGCACGAUGUUCGGAUCGCUGAUGAUGAUCGAUAAGGGGCUUGUCGACGUUGCCGUGGGCCCAUUCGACUUGGAGUACUUUUUAUGGAAGGAGUUCCCUUCGACGAAGCACCUCUUCAGCGAUGACAUGAAAAUCCUGAGCGGCAUGCGAGAUCCUUUCGUCUCCGACUCGGCAGCCUUUAUCAAUAUGUUUGACAAAAUGUCCUGGAUUCUAUUUCUAACUUCUCUCGUUGUCCUGAUAAUGAUGUCUACGAUAGCAUACCGGGUCGCUGGCAGAAGAGGAAUAAAGACCGACCUGUUUAUGGACGUGUCGAAGUAUUUGUACGCCUACGUUGAGGUCCUCUUCUUGGAAGCGACGCAGGUUCGUUUUGUGCCCCUAUCAAACCGCGUGCUUCUGGGAGCCUGGCUCAUAGCGUGCUUCGUGCUGGUGAACCUUUUCAACGGCGAAGUGAAGGCCAACCUGCUCGUCAAGUCGGACACAUCACGCAUUAACACCGUCGAAGACAUCAUGCGCCAAAAGGACAUGCUGCCCAUCGUCGCCGGGAAAUCGCCGCUGGCAUACGUGCUGCAGACGUCCAGUCUGAAGACCGUGCGGGACGUGUACGUUCGGGCGGUGGAACGUAAGAGCCUGAUGCCCGUGAUGCAGAUGUACACCCCGCGCACACUGGACAUGGUUUUGCAGCGGCGUGCCGUCAUGAUGCUGGACACCACCAGCGCCCGGGUGCAUGCCUCGAAGCACUGCUCGGUGCUGAACGGCUACUUUUACAUCGGCACCCAAAACAUCUGGCUGCUGCGCUCGGUAUGGUACUUUCGCCGAGACAUCCCGCGCUGGAUCGUUACCGAGUUCGACAAAAGAGUUCUCUGGCUGACCGCCAUGCCGUCACGCUUCAUGCGGGAUGAAGAGGUCUACCCACACGGCACUUCCUGCUUCUUGGAGAGCAACAGGCAGGACCGGAGCAGCGCCUACCAGCCACUGCGGUUCGAAGACCUGCGCGUUGUAUUCAUUCUCAUGGGUUAUCUCCUCGCCACGUCGACAUUUUUCCUCCUCGUUGAGUUCAUCGUCUACGGCGUCGUCCGUUGCACCAACUGGCUCAAGCACUCGACGGGUGGACAGACAAGUGCUGUGUCACCUAAUUACUAGGCACCAUUCUGGCGCACCAAUGCUUCUUAAAGGCCAGCUGCAACGAAAUUGUUCACUGAGCAUAAAUCCUAGUUUAAAAGGACUGACAACCAAUUUUUAUGGUACCGGAUAUUUUUAGUGGGGUAUGUGUACAAUCAUGCGAUGGUGACGCGGAGAAGGCCGUAGAACAUUUUUCAUCAGAAUUUUGAGAUCUACACGGAGGACGGGGUCGUGCUCAAGAAACAUGCUGGACACAGUGAUACGUGAGCGCGAUAGCGAUUAUGCGCCAGAAUUGGUGGCAAGCAGACGACAAGUGCGGCUUCGGCAGCAAGAAAGUAAUAUGUUGUUUAUCAAGCCGAUGAACCUGCGGUUCGUGUUGUAUAAAGCUCUUAAUUAUUUUUACGGUAAUAG